AUGUCACCCUCUAGGCCUCUGCCAUCGUUACCCGAGACCACACAUACCACCACACCACUGCCAACUCUAGCGUCACCACCACCUCUACCACCACCCACCGCCACCACAAACAUCACUAUCAUUUAUAACCACUUUGGUUGUGACAUUCAGAUUCUCAUCGUUCUCCAAUGGGCCAAAAAUAUUAAGAACCCAAAACGGAACAGCAAUCCAUCAUCUCAUUUCUCAUAUCAUAUAUCAUCACACAUUAGUGGAAAGAUGGGUUUCAGGAACAAGUUGCUAGUAUGCACCACAAUAGUAAGUGAAACCAGAGAUGAAAUGGUGAAAUCAAUGGAGAAAGCUAAAGAAGAAGGUGCAGAUCUUGUUGAGCUUUGUAUAGAUUCCAUGUCUCCCUUCCAUCUUUCUGAAGUCGAGCAUCUUCUCAAACAAAGAACUCUCCCUGCAAUUGUUUCUUUCAGGUUAAAUUCGCAGAAAAACUCAUACAAAGGAGAUUCGAAGAACAAAUGUUUACAAGUGUUGAGACUCGCCAUCGAGUUGGAUGUCGAAUUCGUCGAGAUCGACUUUGAGCUGGCUUUCGAUGUUAUUGAUGAACUUAUGCAAAAACGAGAGAAUAGUAAGAUAAUUGUAUCAAGCCACGUGAAAAGCGGAUUUCGUUGCAAAGAAAAAUUAGGCAAUUUGCUCGUAUGCCUCCAAUCUACUGGAGCAGAUAUAAUCAAAGUUGUGACAGAGGUGGCUUAUAUUACUGAUGUAGCACCAGUCUUUCAUGUCCUCACUCAUUCCCAUGUCCCUGUGAUUGUAAGAGCUGUUGGAGAUAGAGGUCUUAUCAGCCAAUUGUUGGGCCCAAAAUAUGGUGCCUUCAUGGUUUAUGGUUCAUUAGGAGACAAAUCUAUACCUGGCUUGCCACCUCUUCUCAGCAUCAAGAACGUUUAUAAACUCGAUAAUGUGGAUAUAGAUACAAAAGUAUUUGGUGUUGUCUCAAAUCCAGUAGGUCACAGCAAAGGUCCUCUGCUGCAUAAUCCAGCUUUCAGAUACUGCAAUUAUAAUGGAAUUUAUGUCCCCCUCCUGGUUGAUAACAUCAAGGAGUUUCUCAGAGUUUUUUCAUGUACCGACUUUGCUGGUUUCAGUAUUGGUCUACCACAUAAGGAAUCAGCAGUAGCAUGCUGUGAUGAAGUUGACUCCCUUGCUAAGUCAAUUGGAGCUGUAAACACCAUUGUUAGGCGGCCCACUGAUGGAAAGCUCAUUGGUUACAACACAGAUUGUGAUGCUUGCAUUACUGCAAUAGAAGAUGCACUGCGAGAAAGACAGGUUUCAAAUGGGGAUGUAGCAAAUGUGUCCCCAAUUGCUGGAAGAUUGUUUGUAUUAGUUGGAGCAGGAGGUGCUGGAAGAGCAUUAGCAUUUGGUGCCAAAAGCAAAGGAGCACGAGUUGUGAUUUUUAACCGAAACUUUGAGAGAGCAGAGUCUCUUGCACGAGCAGUUUCAGGGGAGGCUUUGCCUAUCGAACAAUUGGAUGCAUAUUGCCCUGAAAAUGGAAUGAUUCUUGCAAAUUGUUCUGCUAUUGGCAUGGAACCAGAUGUACACCUAACACCAGUUUCCAAGGAGAAUUUGAGAUCAUAUGAUCUUGUAUUUGAUGCGGUUUAUACACCUAGAAACACACGGCUAUUGCAAGAGGCUGUAGAGGUGGGAGUUACAGUAGUGAGUGGUGUUGAGAUGUUCAUCAGACAAGCUCUUGGCCAGUUCAGAUUGUUCACCAAUGGAUUAGCACCUGAGGAUUUCAUGCGCAAGGUUGUAUUAGAACAAUUUUGACCAUUCAACCCUCCUCACCAUAUAUAAUAUAUAUUUUUAUCAAAAAUCAAAACCACCCGUUGGCGGAAGAGUUGUCACAAAUACAUUUGGCAGAUGAGAAAUUCCAUAAAUCUUGAAAAAGAGAAGGGAUUCAGAUAAGAAGAUGAUUUGUGAAUUGCAAGUACUUGGUCU